CCGCGCCCAAAGAUCUCCACACACACGAGCAUGGCUUUGACAGGCUGCGAAUUCGGCUGAUACAUAACCACCUAUAUCCAUCCCUCGCCAUGUCUCGCCCCGGCUACAGCAGCGUUGCUGGCCAAGGCCCCCGCGACUCGCUGGAGCUCGCUUCACUCGCUUCCUCGUCUCCAAGCUCGCGACGAAGCUCAGAAUCCUCCGCCUCCGGCACCCCUUCGUCGCGGAGGCUGUCGCUGGAGAAUGAAGACUUUCUUUCCGAGAACAACCCUGCUGGGCGCCACGAGCGCUCCUAUUCGGUUUCCUCCGCCUUUGACUUCGCGUCCAACCUGUUUCCUUUAUCCACCACCGCGGGCGGCUAUACUGCGCUGGGCGCGCCUUCGACCACGAACUUUGAUCCGACGGCCGCGCUCAAUGGAGGAUCUUUGGAGAAGCACAAGUCGUUGACAUAUCUCAACGGCUUGUCGCUCGUAAUCGGCCUUAUCAUUGGCUCCGGCAUCUUUUCCUCGCCGAGUCAGGUCAACGCCAACGCUGGCUCCCCAGGCGCAUCGCUCAUAAUAUGGCUUGUCGCUGGUGUUUUGGCCUGGACGGGCGCUGCUAGCUAUGCGGAACUGGGAGGCGCUAUACCUCUCAACGGCGGUGCGCAGGUCUACCUUUCGAAAAUCUUUGGAGAAUGGGCCGGAUUCCUCUUUACCUGGUGCGCCGUAACCGUCCUGAAGCCUGGCUCGGCCGCGAUCAUUGCCAUCAUCUUCGGAGAAUACUGUGUAAGGACAGUGAUUGGACCGGACGCCAUGGAAAUCAGCUUUUGGCUUAACAAAGGAGUUGCGUUGGGAGGCUUGAUACUGGUCACCCUGCUCAAUUGCGUAUCCACGAAACUUGGAACGAGGAGCGCCGAUGUCUUCAUGUUUUUGAAGUUUCUCGCAUUACUCGGAAUCACGAUAAUGGGAAUCAUAGUCGCGGCCACGGGCUACUCAUGGAAGGGUCAGACAAGUAACGAAUGGAAGGACAAGGGAUGGUUUGAGGGCACGAAGAAAGACGUUUCCAACUGGGCUGUGGCUCUGUAUGCAGGUCUCUGGGCGUUUGACGGUUGGGACAACGUCAACUACGUUACGGGCGAAUUUAUUAACCCAACGCGCGAUCUCCCACGCGUUAUCCACACGUCGGUGCCGCUUGUAAUUCUCUGCUAUAUCCUCGCAAACAUCGCAUACUUCCUCGUGCUUCCUCUGUCCGUCAUCGACUCCAGCAACACGGUGGCCGUGGCUUUCGGCUCACAAGUCUUUGGCCCCGUCGGAUCUCUCAUCCUCGCGCUCGCCGUCUCCGGCAGCUGUUUCGGCGCGCUCAACGCCACGACCUUUACCAGCGGACGCCUUGUCUACACCGCAGGCAAGGAGGGCUACCUCCCCGAGAUUUUUGGCAAGAUCGGCGUGGGCAGGCGCACCGCCGUGCGGCUGGGUUCGAGAAGCGGUGGUGGCAGCCGCUUCGCGCGCAUGAUCUCCGACGACGCAGGCAUCUUCUUCACGCCCAUCAACGCGAUGCUGCUCAACGCGGCGCUGACAGCCGUGUACAUUCUGGUGGGCGAGUUCGGCACGCUAGUCACGUUCUACGGCGUCGCGGGCUACACGUUUUAUUUCUUCACGGUGCUGGGGCUAAUAUUGCUGCGGGUGCGCGAGCCCGAGCUCGAGCGCCCGUACAAGACGUGGAUCAGCACGCCCAUCAUCUUUUGCUGCGUCAGCCUGUUCUUGGUCUCGCGCGCGGUCAUUGCCCAGCCCCUGCAGACGCUGAUCGUGCUGGCGUUUAUUUUGGCCGGCGUGCCGCUUUAUUGGUGGAGGGUGGGCAGUAAGCGCGAGAGAGGCGAGAAGGGGAGGUGGAAGUUUUGGAAACGUUGGACCUCGAGUUGAGGCGUGGCACCUGUGGGGUGGCUUUCUGUGUAUAUUUUUGCAAAGAUUAUCAUGAUUGUAAUGCCAGUGUCUUGUUGAUGAGGUU